UGUAUAUAACCUCAAUCGAUGUUUUGUCACAGAAGAAUAUUAUGUAGUCCUUUAUGAUAUAUUUUUUCAUUAUUUCUAAACAGUUUCUAAAUGAAAACACUUUUCCCCUUUCCUUAACAAGACCCUACAACUCUUUGUGGUAAAUUACAAUGGAUGAUACUGUUGUUGAAGUGGAAUACUGUAAUAAGUGCGGUUAUUACGCAAAAUAUGAAGAGCUAGAAAAACAUAUUAAAAGCAAACAUCCGGAGGUAACAAUUUGCGGACGUGAGGGAAGGAGAGCUUCCUUCGAAGUAAAGGUGAAUGGAGCCCUAGUCCACUCAAAGCUACAAACAUUGGCAUAUCCAGAUUUCGAUGAUUUGGCUCAAAUUGUAAAUGAUGCUUCCCAUGGAAAGCCAGUAAGGAGUCCCUGCAAGCAGCAACCUAUCACGUCGUGCAGUCUAUCGUAGCUACCUUACAUAAAUUCUAAUUAUUUGAGUGUAAAUAAAUGUAUUUAAAGCAGUAACAUAAUGUUAAUUUAUUUAAUUCAAU